AGACUAAUCGAAAAUAAUUAAUUAGUAAUUAAGAUAUAAAUUAAAUAAUAUAAUAGCCAUAGAUAUAGCCAAAUCAAGGAAAAAUGAUAAACAUUCACAAGAAAAUUAUUAAAUAAUAAAAUCCAAAUAUCAACUAUUAACCUGGUUUGAAAAAUAGUUCUUAAAAGUAAACUGCUUAUAAUGAUUCUGAUGAAUAUUAAGAAGAUUUCGAUGAUUAUGAGGAAGAAAAACCAACUUAAGAAAUUUUGAAGCCUAAAUUGCCUUAAACAGUAAAAGGAGAAAUUGAUUGGUAAAAGCAAGAAAUGCUGAAAAGAAAGGAAGAAGAAGCAAAGAAAAAAAAAGAAGAGGAAGAAUAACAAGAAAAAUUUAGAUAAGAAGAAAUUUUAAGAUAAGAAAAACUUGAUAAAUAUAUGAGAGAUAAUCCUGAUAAAUAGCCUCCAAAAUAAAAAAAAAACUAAGUAAUCAAUGAAUAAAAGUAAAAAGUUAUUUCUAAUUUAAAGGAAGAAGAGGAAGAAUAUAAAGAAGCCGAAUAUGAAAAUUAUGUUAAUAAAAUUAAAGGAGGAUGUAUAAGAACUCUGCUGAUUAACAGGUGA